AUGGAAGAGGAGUUUGAUGAAUUUUUCAACAUCAACCAACUGCUCAUGGAGCAGAACACAGACAUGCAAGAGGAUUCCAACAGUUCAAAUUCAAUGUCAGACUCAACUGAAUCAACAAAUCAGCAACAAACUGAAUCAAUAGAGACAAGGGACUCAGAGUUAGAGGCAGAUGAGGAACAACAUGUACCAAACAAUGCAAGGCAAAGCAGAGCGUUGAACAUCCAAGAAAAAAGGCAGAUAGUUAAUGAUAUCAUGCUCAAUGUGGAAGGGGACUCACUUCCAAGAGGAGUUCUGUCCAUUGGCAAGAAAACAUGGUGCAACGAGGGGGAUGUUGUGGAUGUCAGGAGCAAAAAAUUAGGCAAGAUAGGUAGAAAGCCUAAGGAAUACUCUGAUGAGUGGCUUAUGUCUGUGCCUCUGUACAAGAGAACCACAAACAGAAGUUAUGGUGCAGCUCUUAAUGUCCAUCAUGUCAUCAUACACAGGUUAAAGAAAAAGGGAAGACUUAGGUCUGUCACAGUAACCAAUCACUCAACAUUAAGUGAUAAUUACAAGUUAGCAAGGCUAAAAUGGGUGCUUCAGCACAUUAAUCCUGUUCCAAGUGAGGGAGACCCAACAUUUGGGGAUAUGCAAUACUACAUCCACAUUGAUGAGAAGUGGUUCUAUCUGAACCCAAAGACAAGGACCUUUUAUCUAACACCAAACGAAGAGGUACCAGUGGCGGAUCCAGGAUUUUCGAACUUAUGA